AUGGGAAAGAAGGCUGUUCAUUUUGGUGGCGGCAAUAUCGGCCGUGGCUUCGUGGGCGAGUUCCUCCACGAGUCUGGCUAUGAGGUUGUCUUCGUGGAUGUGAUGGAUAAUGUUAUUGAUGCCCUGAACAAGAACUCAUCCUACACCGUCACUGAGAUCAGCGAGGAAGGUGAGCAGCAGAAGGUUAUCACCAACUACCGCGCCAUAAACUCCAAACACAACCUCGACGACGUCAUCAAGGAGAUAUCUACGGCCGAUGUCGUCACCUGCGCUGUUGGCCCUAACAUCCUCAAGUUCAUCGCCCCACCGAUCGCCAAGGGUAUCGACACCAGAACACUGUCCAAACCACUAGCUGUCAUUGCCUGCGAAAACGCUAUUGGAGCCACAGACACUCUCCAUGGCUUCAUCAAGGAGAACACGGAUGAAGCCCGUCUUGCGUCGCUGUACAGCCGUGCCCAAUUCGCUAACUCCGCCAUCGACCGCAUCGUGCCCACCCAGGACCCUGGGUCUGGCCUCAACGUCAAGAUCGAGAAAUUCUACGAAUGGGUCGUGGAGAAAACACCCUUCGGUGACGUCGGACACCCAGACAUCAAGGCUAUCCACUGGGUUGAUAAAUUGGAACCCUACAUCGAGCGCAAGCUAUUCACCGUCAACACCGGCCACGCAACCGCGGCCUACUACGGCUAUUCAGCCGGGAAGAAGACAAUCCAUGACGCCCUGCGCGAUGACAGGAUCCGCAAAGAGGUCAAUGCGGCACUGGCAGAAACCUCAAGACUGAUCGUGGAGAAACACGGCAUCUCGCCCGAAGAACAGGCGAGGUACGUCAGCUCGAUCAUCACCCGCAUCUCCAACCCUCAUCUCGAAGACGUCGUGCAGCGCGUCGGCCGCGCGCCGCUCCGCAAACUAUCUCGCAAGGAACGCUUCAUCGGGCCCGCCUCACAGCUCGCUGAGCGGGGCCACACGGUCACCGCGCUGAUGGACGCCGUUGAGCAAGCGCUGAAGUUCCAGAAUGUGCCCGAUGACGAGGAGAGCUUUGAGCUUUUCAAGAUCUUGAAGGAAAAUUCUGCCGCGGACGCCACUACGAAACUUACGGGGCUUGAGAAGGAGCAUCCUCUGUAUUCUCGCGUGCUGGAGAAGGUCGACAAGGUCCAGAAGGAAGCGAAAUAG